AUGUCAUACUCUCCAGGGAGACUAGAGCGAGCCCAGCAGAUCUUUGAACAUAGCAUGAGCAAAUUCUGCAUGCUCCCACACCUCGCUGGGCCAUAUCACUUGCGAGAGCGUGCCCUCAAGCGUGCCGCUGUUGUUGGGUCAUGGCAUGACAAUGACAAAGAUAAAGACUACCAACCUUCCAGCAAGAGAACACCGACCAAGCGCAAGCUAUCUCUUUUCCAUGAGGAUUAUCACGACCCUCGAUCAGACAAGCGAGCCAGGAGCUUGUCUCCGAUUUCUAUAUUCCGUUCGAGAAUGAGCGCAGGCACGGAAAGUGAAUAUUAUGUCCCCCCUUGGACACCGUCUCAACACAGUGAGCCCGACAGCUGGGACAGAUACUGGACCGUGAAUCCCGAGACAGACACACCGAAUUCACAGUACGGCCUUCAAACCUACAAUGACGACGUGCUGCCAGAAUCACCACAAACGAAUGACACAACCGAGGUCGAGGCCGAGGCAUCGGAGUCGACUGGGGAUGUCCUGCCUCCUGAUAACGAACUUCCGCUGAGAGAGUGCGCUGCCUGCCAAGAGCUAGGCCUUGAAUGCUCGCUUAAAUCUAACCCCGAUCCGUUCGCCUAUCCUUGCACAAUAUGUGAAAUCGAUGAUGUCUUUUGCGUCGUGAGCCCCCCACCCAAAUGGAAGCAAACAUGCGAGUGUUGCAAAGGGCAGAACAAAGAGAUUUGUUCGUAUCACUACGCUGAUGAUGACCAUUCCCAACCUUGUCUCCCAUGCCGAAAUCAUGGGUUCGAAUGUGUUGCUGGACCAGCUAGACACGCACCUUUUGCACUCCUUGCCACAAGUGAACCAAGCGAGCCAAGCAGUUCUCCAGUUUAUUCUCCAGCACCCUCCAAGUCAACCGAUGGAACCCCAGAGCCCGAUGUUUCUGAGGUAUCCAAACUGAGUGAACAACUCAGUUCCCCAGCUAUCCAACCAAAGACCCAGAUUCCAGAGAUCAACUCCACAAAGGACAAUCCUUGGGAGACCUCCUCUCCCCCAUUCAGCAGCGCACAGCCCUCCGUUUCUGGGGGACCGAAGCCACAUGAGGUGAUUGUAAUCAUUGAUUCAGAUGAUGAAACACCGAACACCCCGAAGAGGCAGGACUCACCGAUCUAUAUCUCUGACUCCCUCGAGUCACCCACUCGCACCACACCCUCAAAUACCAUCGCUUCGCAGUACGUGAACACUCAUCGAAUCUGGACUGAACUUGCUCAUCCUGUGGUGUUUCUCGCAAAUGAACAGGACGAAGAUCCCCCUUGCCACUGGUGCAACAACUUUGCAUAUGGAAUCACUGGCCUCGGUCCUCGCAAUCCAGAGGUCUGCACAUUAGAUAACGGCACAAUUAUUGAGCUACAGGAUGGCCACAUUGCCGAAGGAAAAGAACAGAGCCGGAUGUGCGUCUUCUGUACAUGGAAUCGAUGCAAAAUCAUACAAUGCUCCCACGACACUCUCCAUCUACUACCUGUACCUUUGUCAACGAAAGACCAAAUGCGGACUGAUGCUGCAGCACUUCUAGAGGAAGCAAGUGAAGCUCUGACUGACCCCGAGACUGGCAAGGCUGGUCCUGUUUUCCGAACUUCCCCUUACCAAUGGUGCAGCCUGUGUCGGGAGCCCGCAUUCGGGUCUUGCCAGGCAGUUCAACCAGUCAAUGUCUACGCUGAGGUAGUAGACUGUGACGAAGAAUCCCGUGGGUGUGGAUUGAUGCUCUGUGACUGCUGUCUCGACCUUACCAUGCGAUUCAAAGGUGAUCUCAAUGCUGUUGUUGCAUGGGGUCGCAGUGACCCGUCUAACCCUAUACCCUACCGAGCUGAUGUGGAGUUCAUCCUCUCGGGAGCGGAGAACAACACCAUGUACAGGCUUUACAUGGAGGAGCGUUGA